AUGAUCAUCUGCGCUGCAGAGGGGGUUUCCUUCUUCAGGAAAGAGCGCAGACCAGAUGAGAGCAAUCGUUGUGCAGAAUUUGAGAGAAUUACGACAAUCCCAUUGGUGUCAACAUUCUUUGCCAAGCUGGAUGGAUACUCCGGAAAACUAAUGAAGAUGUUUGCAAACCGAGGAGGAGUCCUUGGACAAAGAAUUAAAAACCUCUUGGUGCCCACUACACGGACUGAUGACAUUGAAGUGAGGAGAGCAUGCAUAAUCAAAUCUCUCUGUGCAUACCUGAACGAAGACCCUAGCAGUCUGGUUUGGGAGUAUAUGGAUACAGACGUUGCCAGCACUGAGGAGGCGAUCCAGAAGACUGUUAUGGGAAUUUAUGUCAUAAGACAUGAAGGUGCAGACAUGGAAGACAGCCCAGCAGAUCUUGGAGUGGUAUUAGAGGGUCAAAAGGUUCUUCAGGACCUUAUCAGUGUCCCAUAUACAGCAGCCAUGUUGCUGGGACUUAUUUAUGGACUGAACCUGAGCUACCCUCCUGAACUAAGGUACACAUUCGAAGUCCUUCAAAAAAUAAUUCUGGAGCUAGAUGGCAACAAGUUGUCCAAUAAAGUCCAAACACUGAAGACAAAGCUCUUCUCUGAUGUGUUUGAUUAAGGACUCUAACAUUCUGGCAUUCCAGGAACAGUCCUUAAUGUUAAAAAAGGGCAAUAUUUUGAUUUUCUAUUGCAGGAUACACUUGUUGUAUUUUCAAUGUUCAAAAUUGUUGAACUUAGUUGCAAGCUGCCUAUUUGGUGCUUGGUGCAUCUGUUAUUUUCUGUGAAAGAUGUCUAGUACAUUUUAGCAGUUAUAUGUCAUUUGAUAAUUGUUAAACGUAUCGU